CUCAGCUGACUGCCUCUUGCAGAGUUGCCUCGCAGAGAGCAGCAUGGCUCUGUGCUGUGCUCUGUGCCUACUGCUGCUCUGCUGCCAGGCUCUGGCCCUGGGCGGAGGGAUGCUCUACCCCAGGGAGUCCGCCUCCAGGGAGCUGAAGGAGCUGAAUGGCCUUUGGAGCUUCAGGGCUGACUUCUCGGCGCAGCGGGACAAGGGGUUUGUGCAGCAGUGGUACCGGAAGCCCCUGAGACAGAGUGGGCCUGUGAUCGACAUGCCGGUACCCGCCAGCUUCAACGAGCUCACUCAGGAUCCCAACCUGCGGCAAUAUACUGGCUGGGUUUGGUAUGAGAAAGAGGUGCUGCUUCCCAGGAGCUGGCUUCUGAAUGCCCUCAACACCCGCGUGGUGCUUCGGGUUGGCAGUGCCCAUUACUACUCCAUAGUUUGGGUCAAUGGAGUGCAGGUUACGGAGCAUGAAGGGGGCCACCUCCCCUUUGAAGCAGACAUAAGCAGGAUUGUUCAGGGCAGCCCCGGAGCUCUGUGUCGCAUCACCAUUGCGCUCAACAAUACGCUGACACCUCAGACCCUGCCUCCCGGCUCCAUUCAGUUCAUGACAGACGAGUCUAAGUACCCUAGGGGUUAUUUUGUUCAGAACACAAAGUUUGAUUUCUUUAACUACGCUGGAAUUCACCGGCCGGUCGUGUUAUAUACAACCCCCUCUGUCUACAUAGACGACAUCACUGUGACUACAGCCUGGGCGGGGAAUAGUGGUAUGGUGCGAUACCAGGUUUUGGUGAGGGGCAACACCCGCUACUCCUUGUCGCUGAAUUUACGGGAGAAAGAGGGGAAAGUGGUGGCUACAGGAGAGGGACCGAUCGGGGAGCUGAAAGUAGUGGAGCCAAAGCUGUGGUGGCCUUAUCUGAUGCAUGAAAACCCCGGAUACCUUUAUUACUUAGAGGUGAAGCUGUCGGCGCAGGUGGGCGGUGAGCUGUCGGAAGAUGUGUACACGCUCCCCGUCGGGAUCCGCACCGUGCAUGUCACCAGCAGUCAGUUCCUCAUCAAUGGAAAACCCUUCUACUUCCAUGGAGUCAACAAACACGAAGAUGCCGAUAUCCGUGGCAAAGGACUGGACUGGUCCCUGAUCGUGAAGGACUUCAACUUGCUGCAGUGGCUCGGGGCCAAUUCCUUCCGCACUAGCCACUACCCCUAUGCAGAGGAGAUCAUGGACCUGUGCGAUGCAUAUGGCAUUGUGGUUAUUGACGAGUGUCCGGGCGUGGGGAUGAAAGAUCCGGAGAACUUUGGGAACAAAUCACUGGCACACCAUCUCGUGGUGAUGGAAGAGCUGAUCCGCAGGGAUAAGAACCGGCCAUCGGUUGUGAUGUGGUCUGUAGCCAAUGAGCCAGCCUCAGAGCUAUCGCCGGCAGCUAACUACUUUAAGACAGUGAUAGCUCACACUAAAGCCAUUGAUCCUACCCGACCCGUAACCUUUGUGUCAAAUGCUAAUUACGCUCGUGAUCACGGUGCUCCAUAUGUGGAUGUAAUUUGCGUAAAUAGCUACUUCUCCUGGUACCAUGACGCCGGCCAUCUGGAGGUUAUUCAGCUGCAACUCAAUACACAGUUUGAGAACUGGUAUAAAGCCUACCAAAAGCCAAUUAUCCAGAGCGAAUAUGGAGCAGAUACUAUUGCUGGGCUUCACAAUGACCCACCUCUUAUGUUCAGCGAGGAAUACCAAAAGGCUGUGCUAAAGGAAUACCAUUCAGUAUUUGACAAAAAGAGAAAGGAGUAUGUGAUUGGGGAGCUCAUCUGGAACUUUGCUGAUUUUAUGACAGAUCAAGGUGUUUCACAAGUAACUCCUAUCACUACCGCCGCACCUACACUGGCAAACCGCAUUAAUCAGUCUGCAGGCAGCUCCUCCAGUUGUAGCCACAGAGGCUAUGUACAGCAGGGCUAGAUGCCAUGAUUGGAAAAAUGGUUGAUCGUGUAUGCUACUGUCUCCACCACAGGUGAAUGAUGAGUCUUGUAUGUUCCCAGGGCCAAGCUUAAGCCACAGUACAGAGAAUCUGGUGGAGUUACAAUUGUGACUGAGGGCUUGUCUACAUUACCGCUGGAUCGAUGGGCAGUGAUCGAUCCAGCGGGGGUGUGGAGGGUGGUUGAUUUAUCAUGUCUAGUCUAGACACGCUAAAUGGACCACCGAGCACUCUCCCAUCCAUUUCGGUACUCCACCAGGACGAGAGGAGUAGGCGGAGUCGAUGGGAGAGCGUCAGCCAUCCACUUACCACAAUGAAGACAGCACAGUAAGUAGAUCUAAGUACAUCAUCGACUUCAGCUACAUUAUUCACAGAGCUGAAGUUGCAUAACUUAGAUCAGUUCUCCUCCAGUGUAGACCAGGCCUGAGAGAUGGUGAGCAGUGUAUUUAGUGGAAUACUGUAGGAAUCUGUUCCACUGGUGCUAGCUUCAGUGACUUAAGUAAAGAGCAUGUGAGAUACAAGACUCUAAAGAGACCAGACAGACAUGGGCAUAACAAAAUUAGGAGCAGUAUGGGAAAAGAUACCGAUUCAAAAGGAAUAGUGGGGAAAAAAAUUAGACAAAGUUUGCAAUGACAAAUCAAUGCAGCUUGGGGCUCCAUACACAUCAUGCAGCAUGGAGGAAUGGAGGCCACUUGGAGAAGAUUUGUCGUUUGGACUGGUUUGAUUAAAAACUGAACAAAUGACUAGUAAAUUGGACAAAAGGGCAUGAAGAGCAGUAAAGGAAAGGAAUGCAGGGUGAAUAAAGAAGAAAAUCUAAUUGAGUAUCAAAGUAAAGUUUUCAGUGAGAUUUAACUGUGGAAAUAGAGCAGAAAUAGAACCCCAAGCUAUUUAAGAUGAGACUGGUCAUAGACUAUUAAGCACUAGCUUAAUUAAAAUUGAUUUAAUUAAAGUGAUACAGCCCAUUCACAGACACACUUAAAGCCAUUUGACAGCUGUGAACCUAUGUAACUGUGUAGUAGUUUAAGCUAAAUCAGUUUUAAUGAAGCCAGUGUAACAAUACUCAUCUUCCAUAUGUAGGAAGGUGGUGACUUAAGUUUCUUCUGUAUAACUUGGUUGUGAAAAGUUGCUACUAACAUUCUUUCCCUUUGGCUGAGGAGUUAAUCCUGUCACGUUGAUUACCGCAGGGAAAGAAGAGGUGUCUUACUCUGUACACAGAUGCUUUAUUUUGUGAUUCUUCUGUAAAAAACCUGCUUUAUUUUA